UUGGAAGCAAUCCAAUUCAAGAUAGAAAGGCUUUUGAAGAAGCAGCCAAGAGAGUUUACAGAAGAAAGCUCAGCUCACCAAUCAGAUACAACACAAUCACACGCAACAAUCACUAACAAGCCCCACUCCCGUAUGCUCACCUUAGAGUCCCCCAUGGCCGUCCGAUUAAUCGCCGGCGGCUUCGAUUUCAGCUCUCGCCGUCUCUCCCACUCCGGCCAUCCCUUCGUCAGGAAUAAGUUUGGGUGGUUAAGUGAGAGUUGUUGCGCCAAAAGAAGCAAUUGUGUGAGAGGCAGAGUUAGGGCUUCGGCCGAGGAGCAAGUAGGCGGUCCGUUGAAGCAGAAUGCUAAACCGCAGAGGUAUCAUCCGUCCGAAGACAUAGGGGAUGCUGACGUUAUUGAGAUUGGCGAAGCGAGACUUACACCUGAAGAAACUUGUAGGACUAUUAUCGAGGUAAACAGCAAAGCAUUGCUAAUGUUUUCUGGUCUGCUAGGUGAAGAGGUUCAUGAUAACAUUUUCUGGCCUGAUUUGCCUUAUAUUACUGAUGAAAAUGGAAAUAUUUACUUUCAGGUCAAGAAUAACGAAGACAUUUUGCAAACUCUUACUACCGAGGAUACCCUCGUGCAAAUUAUAAUAGGCUUAGAUACUAGAGAAAUGCUUAGUGAGAUGGAAUUACUGAAUCAGUCAGAUGAUGAUUUUGGCAUUACGGAUGUUGAUGAUGACAGUAGUGAUGGUGAAGAUGAUGAAGAUAAUGCUGAGGAUGAUGAUGAAGAUGAAGAAGAUGACGGCUAUGAAGAGGAGUGGGUUGCGAUUCUUGACAGUGAGGAUGAUGGGGAGGAUUCUGAUGAAUCACCAGGGGACUGGGCAAAACUGGAGACCAUGCGUGCCUCCCAUCCAAUAUAUUUUGCGAAGAAACUGGCUGAGUUUGUAGGAGAUAAUCCUUUUGAUUAUAUGGAUCAGCCACCUGCUGGUCUAGCAAUUCAAGGAAUUUUAAGACCUUCCUUUCUUGAAGAACAUUCUGUCAUUCACAAGAAUAAGUCUGACUGUAAAUCAAGCAAAGAUGAAGCUAAUGAAGAUGACAGAGUUGUAGAAGACAACCAAGAAGAACAUGACAUUAUUAAUGGUCAUAGUCAUAGUCUGGAGCCAUCUCAAGAUAACCCCGAUUGGCCAGAAGAAUUGGACAAGGGUGAAAGCCUAGAAAAUGGGACUUCAUUCUACAAGCUAGAAAUGGUCAAGAUUCAAUUAAUAUCGGCUCAUGGACAUCAGACUUUCGUCGAAGUAGAUGACUUUAGGAGAGCUCAACCUGAUGCCAUUGCACACUCAGCUGCAAAAAUUAUAUCCCGUAUUAAAGCUGGUGGAGAAAAAUACAUGCAUGCUCUCAAAUCAUUCUGCUGGAGAUGCAAGGGUAUUCAGGCAGAGGAGGUGGCUCUUAUAGGUGUAGAUAGCCUCGGCUUUGACUUGAGGGUUUGCUCUGGAAUACAAGUUCAAACACUGCGCUUUGCAUUCAAAAAACGGGCCUCUUCAGAAUAUAGUGCUGAGAGACAAUUGAAUGAUCUGCUGUUCCCAAGGAAUCAAGGUAAGCAGCAAAAGAAGAAAGAAACUCACCAGUCCGAAUUAUGAUGAUUCAAAAUGGUUAAAAAUAUAGUUAACCUUGCUAAGUUAGGCAAUCUUGGGCUAGGAACUGUAUGUAGCAGGCACAAAAACUAGUAAAACUUGCUCAGUUCUAGCUUAUGUAUUUUCUGUACCAAGUUUUUACUAUUGUAAAGUUAAUUAUUCAAUCAUUUUAUUUUUCUGAUCAUAAUUAUCAAAUACAAGAAAAAGUUGUAAUUAGGUGUUCUUUUUGCAAAAGAAUUAGGUAAUUUUUUACUA